CCUCAGCCCUCCCUGCCUCCAGCCCUGGACCCAUCUGCUUUGGGGUCCCCCCCAGGCUGCUCCUUCCGACCGGAAGGCAUUCCGGGGCCACCCUGUCCUCGGAGAGCAGGGGGUGCAUGGGGCCCCGGCGGUGGAGAAGUGAAGAAAGUGAAGGAAGACUCGGCCUGCGGUCUGGCCGUUACUGGGCAUUUCCUGUUCUCCUCCAGUUCGAGGUCAGACACCCCGGGAGGCCGGCGGCUGUAGCCACCGGGGGCUGGUCCCCAGGGGUCCCCCCACCUCUCACCAAGGUCACCCGGGACCUAUUUCGGACGCCAGGCCUGAAGCAUGAGCCGCCCCGACCCACCCACCGAGACCCUCGGGCCGGACGACCCCACCUGGUCAGCACAGCCCACCUAUAGCAACCUCGGUGAGGUACGUGCCCACCUGCUGCCCUCCAAGGCCUGUCGCCCUCGGACCACUGGGUCCCUCUCGACCGACCCACAGCCCCUGCCCCCGCCCUUGCCCAAGAAGACCCUGGCCCGGGCCCAUUCCCUGCCCACCCACAAGACCCUUGUUCCCAGCCCCGCGCAGGCAGGGCAGCCUCAGAGGCCCCUGCUGGGGUCCCUCAGUGUGGACAAGAGCCUGGUGGGCGGCGAUGAGGCCGGCCGCACCAGUCCUCCUGCAGAGCUGACCUUCAGCACGCCCGAUGCCGAGCUGGGCCGCUUCUUCCACGACCUGCGCAGCCCGGAGGCCGUGCACACCGUGCUCGCUGCCCGGCACCUGGAGGGCCUCUGCACCAUCCAUGCCCGGCUCCGCGCCCGCUUCAUGGGGGGUCGCCCGGGGCCCUGCAGCCCGGGCCACAGUUUCCGCCUCCUGGACAGCUCACCCUGUGCAGACGGCGGGGAUGCCCUCUACUACCGCGUGGUGCGCGUAGACGGGGAGGCCUGGCACACCUUGGCCGCUAAGGUGCCCAAGACGGAAGCCGAGGACCCCAAUCCGUGGGGCCUGGAGCUGCAGGCCUCACUAGCCCCCCACUUCAACCUCCAGGGUCUGUGCGGCCUGCUGCCCCAGGGCGCGCUGACCGCGGCGCCCUGGCGGGGCUCGGUGGCGCUGACGGUCGAGGUGCCCGAGCGCACGGCGGCCCAAUGGCUGGCGGAGGUCGGCGCGCGGCGGCCCGCGGGGUUCGUCCGGGACGCGGCCCUGCUGCUGCUGCAGCUGAGCGCGGCCCUGCAGCGCCUGGAGGCGCGGGGCGCGGCCCUGGCCGAGCUGCGGCCCGAGAACCUGCUGCUGGCGGCGCCUAGGGGCUGCACGGGCGCCGGGCCCCCGCGCCUGCUGCUCGCCGACUUUGGCCGCGUCCGCCCGCGGGCCCCCGGGCCUCCGGGCCCCCACGCCCCGCAGCUGGGCCGCCUGCUCCGCGCGCUGCUCGGCCCCGCCCCGCCCUUGGCCACGCCCUUGGCCGCAGGCCUCGAGCGCCUGGCGGCCCAAUUGCCCCGGGCGCGCCCUUCGGCGGCCCAGACGCGGGGCGCGCUGCAGGCACUGCUCUGGGGGCCCGGGCCUGAGCUGCACGGCCUCGGGGUGCCGCUGGGGUCCUGGCUGCAGGUGCGCCGCGCGCUGCUGACCCUGCACCUGGCGGAGCGGGCCGCGGGCGGGGAGGCGCCUGGCCUGGAGGACUGGCUGGCCUGCGAGUACCUGGCCGAGGCCACCGAGGCCUCCCUGGGCCGGGCCCUGGCACUGCUGUGGGACUGACGCCACCCGAGGGUGCAGCCGGCCAUUCCAAAGGCUGGACAGAGGCCAGGGCCUGCCCCAGAGGCAGUUACCCCUUUCCAGUGUCUCCUUGCAGCGGAGGCCAGUGGAGGGUGCUGGGGUAUGACCAGAGAAUGUGGGCGCCUCCUCUCCAAUGCCUGCUCCCCACUUUGCUGGGGAUGUCGGGCUAAGGCCUCCCCGAGAGCGCAGGUGCUUCCAGGCCUGGAGGCGAAUGGCCUGGUGGUGGGCCCAUCCCUUCCAAAGUCUCUCUGGGGGUGUGGGAAAUGCUGCCCUCCCAGCAGAAGCCGGGGCCCCCUUCCAGCUCUGGGGUCCGAGGAUCACCGUCUCCGUGAGCUUCUGGAAGCCCUCCUGAUCCUGGAAGACCUCCUCAUGCAGAGGACGCUGGUGACUUCCAGUGUGGACUGGCCCAAUCCCUCGUCAAGAACUGUCUCCAGGGGAGGGCAGGUUCCCCGGAACCCGUGCCAGCCGCAUCCUGCCAGGAAAGCCCACCCUGAGGGUCUCAACUCCCCCGCCCCUCCCCCACCCUCUCCCCACCCAGCCUGGCCCCCUGCUUUCCCCCGUGACAGCCUCUGAGCCUUUGUGCAGGCUGUACCCUCCGCCAGAGCGUUCAAGCCCCAUCUUUUUAGAGAACCCUUCGAAGCCAAUAAAGUUGCCCCUCCAGGGCCCCUCCCUAGCCUCUCCCCCUGCUUUCUUUCCCCCAAAGACCACCUGGAAGUAUUUCUUCAUCUCUAUCUGUCCACCCACCAUCCACCUUGCCCACCAGGCUAUGAGCCCUGAGAGUGGGGGCUGGGCCUGGCACACAGCAGGUGCUCAAUUAAUAGCACAGGAUGAUGGAAUGAACAGGCAGAGGCCAGACUCAUCAGAGAAUCUAAGAGAGAUGAGACUCACUUUCCCCUCCAAAAUGUGCAGACAGGAGCUCCUAGGGUCCCUCCUCUCUGGUGCCCAGUAUCCGUAACCCCCUCUAUUACCCCCCAACCUCGCCACGGUGGCCCCAAGG